AGGACCAGUAGAAGGAACUCGUUUGGCGACGCUAUUUUUAGAGGAAUGAACUCGCUUUGGUUUUACAUUCUAGCCUCAUUUCUUCGCCGUGCCUACAGGGUGAUUUAACCAUAUAAACGCCCAGUUUCCAGCCAAAUGCAUUUAUGUCCACAGUACUUGAUUGGGAACUAGUGGGCAUGAUUCACAGUGAAAUCGCAUUGAAAACUUACACGUUCUCGGUAUUUUAUGCUGCAUCCUCAACCAUUGAAAGGGCGCUUUAAUUUGUGUUUCACUUAAAAAGAUCCCCAUCCUUAAGGUGCAUUAAAAGACUUUUUCUCCUGCUAGUUGAAUUUAAAACGUUGCAAUUGCAAAGUUUCCUUUUUAAUUAAGACAUGUUUCACCCUGUAGUGGCAGCCCUUCUCGCUUGUCUUUUGAAAUGCGUCGUGUUCUGGCUUAAAUUAUGAACAGUCCCGGAUCGGAUUCGUGAGUACAAAGACCGUCAGCUGUUUCCUGCUGCGGAUGUCUAGUCGGUUCUUCUGCGAAGGUUAGUGCUCUUCGGGAAGUUAUCGAUUCCGUCUGGAUCGCCCCAGACGUGAUAAACUAUCCCGGUUUGAAUCGGUUUUAUUUGCUGUUUUAAGUGCGGAUUUGCAGUUUGCGACGUUCUCUCAUGCAAACUGGAAUCUAAAUUCGCAUCAACCGACGCAAAUUUUACAUAACACCAUCUUCACUGCUCUCGGUGAUAAACACCGUUAUUCAAAUAGCUGGGCGCCAGUGAGAUAAAGAUCGAGAAUAGAAAAUUAUGAUAAUUAUGGGUGUUAGUUUUUGUGGCACGCGGAUGCCUAACGCGUUAUCGCCGACGAUUGACAAUACUGGUGGAGUGCUUGGGAAAAUGCCCCCGAAACUACCGUUGGAUGGGGGCCCGAAAGCUACGGAACUUUUCACGCGAAGCUUCAAUGCCUUGAGAAAAAUGCCGUCGUUGACCGACUGUUUGGACGAAAAGUGCGCCUUGGAGGCAAAGGACGGAGUCUUAUUAGUCACGGCGGUAUCAGCAGCAAAAAAGGAUGCUGAAGCGAGACUAUGGGCCAAGAGGCAAGCACGUGCGGAAGCUCGAGAAAUUCGCAUGCGGGAACUAGAACGCAUGCAACGUGAACAGGAAGAAAACGCCGAUAGACAAUUUGAUAUGUUGGUGGCAUCAACGGAGCCCGUUUGGGGCCCACGGGGGCGCGCCCCCCCUACCACGAGGCACCGACCGGCCAGCAGAAGAAAUUCUGAAGACUCCUUGGAGGAUGCAGGCGGCGGCGGAAGCCUAAGGGACAUACGGGCAGAGCUCAAAGAUGUCGAGGAGCGGUUUAGAAAGGCGAUGAUUGCGAACGCCCAAUUGGAUAACGACAAGGCUUCGCAAACCUACCAAUUAGAGCUGCUUAAAGACCGGUUGGAAGAGCUGGAGGAAGAUAAUUUGCAGUUGAAGCGCGAGCAUAGGGAUAAAUGCAGGGAGCACGAUCAGCUGAAGAGGCUUUGCCAGCAGCUGAAGGACGAGCUGCGCCUGUUUAAAAACGAAUUGGAAGAGCGGGAUAGGUUAAUAGAAGAGAAAGGACUAGUGAUAGUCUUUGCGGAGCCGGAGGAAGAGGGACAGCCUCCGAAGAAAGCGCUGAUUCAGGCCGAGAACGCCAGGCUCCUUGAAGGAGGGGACGGCAGUCUAGACGUGCGAUUAUCAAAUUUCGCGAAAGAAAGGAGCGAGCUUCAGGAUCAAAUAAGUAGUUUAAAGUUAGAAUUAGACGAGGAGAGGACUCGAAGACGGAAGUCCAGCGGACUGCCAAAUGGCCCUCUGUCGGAUUGCGACUCGGAUGAUCUGCAACGGGAAGCAAGUAAGCAAUUGGCUGAUUACAAGUUUCGGGCGCAAAAAUCAGAGCAAGACGUUGCGACAUUGCAAGCGACCGUCGCCAGAUUGGAGAGCCAAGUGAUUCGGUACAAAACCGCCGCGGAAGUAUCGGAGCAGUCUGAGGAAGCCCUGAAAGCCGAAAAGCGAAAGCUCCAAAGAGAGGAUUCCGAUAAUUCUCUUAGUGACAUUUCGUCCAUAGAUGUUUCGGAGUCAAAUAGUUGUUAGAGCUUUUUUGGCACAAACGCACUGGCUAGAGAGGCUCAGAACCGGGCGGAUGAGUUGGAAACCUCCAACACCCACCUCCUCAAACGAUUAGACAAGCUUAAAAACGCGAAAUCAGCGCUAUUGAAAGAACUCUGAUAAGGCCAUUUUACACUUUUAUAUUUAGUGAUUGAUUUGUAUUCUGGUGAGUGGCGGAAAUCUGUUUCACAGUAGAUGCGCAACGUAAGAGCGAUUGCCGCACAUUUUUUAGGCAAAUGUCCCAACAGUAGUGCUUUUUUACGCUGUCCGUUAUUCACGUUACCUAUUAGCCAUAUUAACACCGAUUUUUUUACUGUUUAUGAAUAUUGUUUUUAACAGAUUUUUUAACUAAAAGAAUAAUUCGCCUACUAACAAAAAAAGUCGUUUGUUUUUAGUUCAGACAUUGUCUACUUUCAGACAAAUCAGCCAAUCUGCAUAUGCGGAAAGUGCCAAUUCUUUGCUAAUAACAACCAAUGUGCGCAUAGUUAUUUACUUGAAAAAUUUGUAUUUAUUUAUUUAAAUGUAGGACCUAAUUUUUAUUCCAUUUUGUAAAUACGUGUACACAAUUAAUAGGUUUCUAGUAUUGUUGAAGGGCUGCCCCUGAGAAAUGCAAUGAAAUGAGUUCCAUUUUAUGCAUAUUGCAACACUAAAAAUGACUUGCUUACACAACCAACGGCAAUGGUAGAGAAAAUUGGCUCAAUAGAACAUGUGAUUGUAGAAUCAGGUAUCCACAAAUCGGCUCAAUAGUGCCGCUCCAGCACGUCGGGCUUUUAUUGUGUAACUUGCGGCUUUUUGAGCUAGUUUUUAUAUUUACAUGUGUACUACGGUUCUCAAAAUUGUGCCAGGAAAUAAUAGUCAUAUUUGUAAUAUAACAAUUCCGCUGUAAAAGUAUGUUAGAAACAAUGCGUUUAUAAGUUUUAAAUUGGUGAUGAAAUCGGCGUUUGGCCACUAUUACUUAAUUAAUUAAGUCGCUCCUACUGAUCACAACUGAAGACACACAAGCGUGAUUUGUUGUCAAUUUAAAACCUGGUUACUAAUGAUUUUGUAAAUAACAUAAAAUAUGUGAUUUUUCUGUAUACUACUACUCAAUCUUGUUUUUGGUAAAAGGUACUUGAAAAAUAAAAUAAAUAUUUACUAAGCUGGAGUUUUCUUCAAACCAAACAUAAACAAAACCAUUCUAAUUAUCUGUUGUGGCCUUUGCAUAUCGAUAUUUGCCAGCACUUUAGCAUUCAUAUGACGACUUUCGAAAUUAUUUCCGCUUCUUCAGCCUAUCAAGGCUGCAGCACAAUGGCUUUUUACAUGAUUUACAUUGGCGAUUCAUGUGAAUCAUCUUUGUAGGGGAUUUGCACGAUGCCUAGAAAAUAUUGAAUCGAAAUCUCUCAGUCGAUUUAAAUAAAUGUUUGUUUUUGUGAAAUUAUCUACGUAAAUGUUUCAUUGGCAUACAAAACACGUCCUCAAUUUCGACCUUCACAUUGCCUUAACCCUAAGAAUUUAAAAGAGAUAACCGAAAACCGAAUACAACAACAAAAUCCCUAUUUAUCUUUGUGCAACUGUAUAAAACUGGUGAGCGCGAUGGCAGAGGGGCACUUCGCAAGGAGACCUCCUUGAUGAGUGUAGUCCUUUGCCCGAUUAAAAUUCUUAAAAUGAAGCUAAUCACCAGUGCAGUUUUAGUGGUAGUGCUGAUUGUUUGUGUGGCGGAUAUUCAGGCCGUUGCCAGUCCAUUUUGGGAUAAACUAUUCGGCGGAAAUGACUAUACUUACGGAAAUGGAUACAGCAGACCCCGAUCGUAUGGCCGAAACUACAACUCUGGGGAUGGAGGCGAUCGCUACAAAGCCAUCUGCAGGGUGCACGCAAUCGACUCUUUCUCAUUUCCAGGGCAAAUAUCUAGGCCAGUAUGCCCUUAACAUUUUAAUUGUUAAUGUCGCGUGUUUGUAAAACUAUGGGACUGAUAGACCUAGAAAAAAUUAAUUGAAUAUUUAUAAUUAGUUUAUUACUGAAAAUGGCGCCUUCUGUUUAAAUUAUAUUUUAUAAAUACCAUAAA